AUGAAGCAAAAACAGAAAAGGAAACAUCUGGAAAGGACAUUCUGCCCUGAAGGUGCAAAGAAGUCAAGAGAAUGCCGGAAGCUUCAAAAGGGUGUCCCCCAGACUCGUGCCGCGGUCCAGGCAUGGAGUCCAGCACCUGGAGAUGACUUCUCUACCUCUGAAUAUUUCUCCUGUGUCUCCUCUCCAAGCAAGCUUGCCCUUGCCCAUAAGGAGGAAGUCCACAAAUUAUGUCAAGAUGUUCCACAUCUUAAACCUGAGCUGCCCAUCACCCAAAAGGUGGAGGACCUGGAAACAUGCUCCCCAAUUCUGCGCAAUGACUUUCCUGGGGAUAACAGGCCUUCUACGUCUUCAGCACUCAUGAGAAACGAAAGAAUCAUGAAGGUUUACUACAUGCAUGUCCAGCUGAAAAGGGGAGUGGCUGUUUUAGAGGAUACAAAAGGCGGACUGGAGCCCCCCAAAAAGAAAAUGAGAAUUGAGUCCAUUGCAUUCCCUGAGAAGAUCCGAGCAGAAGUCAACCACUCCGAUGUGCUUACCCACGAGCUCCUACACGACAGUGAGUUCAACUCGGACGACGAAGGCCAGGAGAAGCUGGGAGAGGCCGAGAGCCUCACCCAGCCCGCGGCUGCAGAGGAGAGGUCCAGGGCGAGGACCCCUGAGUGGCUGGUGGCCAUGAACAGUGGCUAUCGGUGCAUGGCCUGCUGCCGGGUCUUCCCCAGCCUGGCGGUCCUGCAGGAGCAUGUGGAGAAUGGGGUUAACGAGGGCUUCAGCUGCCACGUUUUCCACCAAGUCUUCGGCUGGCUGAAGAGCAAACGGAAGAAAGGGAGGGACAAGAUGAAGAAGAACUAA